AUUUUUAACAACUUAUGAGAGGGAAGAUUACUUAAUAAAAUAACAUUUCAUUUGAAAUAAAAAUGCGUUAUCCAAUGACUAAUAAACACUCAUCUCCAUCAGGUUCACCUAGGAAGAGAUUAUUUUCAGCUAAAAGAGUGGGAAGUAAGGAACAACAAUAACAGAAAUGCAAAGUUACUGCUUCUAUUAAAACAGGAUCAUCAAUAGAAACUUUAAAAGAAGUGUUAUUGAAACAAACGUAAAUGAGUAAUAAGCAUACAAAUAACUUGAAUUAUUUUGUGUAGAAUAACAAAAGAGAAAGUUAAAAUAAAUUAGAUACUAAAACAAGUGAUUCUACAGAAAGAGUAAUCAUUAGAUAAGGGACAUUGUCAAAAGAGAAAACAACAAUUUCAGAAUUAACAACAAAAAAAACUAGUAUUUCUAAAAGUGAAUUUGAAUGGAAUAAAUGUUAAUUGCCUUUAACCCCAUAGGUUUGUUUAUCUAAGUAUGGGUAUGCAUUGACAGAGUUUGAAAAGACAGAGAUUCUGACAUUCAAAAGAGUAUUAUUUAUUAUGUAUGAUUAGAUUUAUUGUAUAGGAAUAAAUGCCAAGAAAAUCUAAUAAUCAUAAAGUAAUUACAAUGAUGGAUAUGACAAUGCUUAAGGAGAAUAUCUCUAUGCAUUGCAUGAUCAUAUUGGUUAUAGAUAUGAACUAUUAGAACAUGUGGGUUCUGGCAGUUUUGGACAAGCAUUUAAAGUAUUUGAUCAUAAGAGACAACAAGUUCUAUGUCUUAAAGUUAUUAGAAAUUAAAAGAAGUUUUAGAGUUAGGCUCUAGUUGAAUUGAAUAUAUUAUCUUUUAUUAGAGAUAAAGAUGAAGACAAUAUUACAAAUAUUGUCAAAAUUAAAGACUUUGUUAUAUUUAGAAAUCAUGUGGUAUAGAUUUUAAUUUAUACUCUUAGUGCAUCAUAUGUGAAUUAUUGUCUCUAAAUCUAUAUGAGCUAAUCAAAAAUAACAAUUAUCAAGGGUUAUCUCUUGAACUUAUUCGUAGAUUUGCUAUUCAAAUACUAAAUGCUCUCAAUUUUUUAUACAAACAUAAGAUUAUUCAUUGUGAUCUCAAGCCUGAAAAUAUUCUACUUAAAUAACCAAAUAAAAGUGGAAUCAAGAUUAUUGAUUUUGGAAGCAGCUGCUUUGAAAAUGAAAAGAUCUAUAGUUAUAUCUAAUCUAGAUAUUACAGAGCUCCAGAAGUCAUUUUUGGUAUACCAUAUGAUAUGGGAAUUGACAUGUGGAGUUUUGGUUGCAUAAUGGCAGAAUUGUAUAUAGGCUAUCCCAUCUUUCCUGGAGAAAAUGAAUAAGAAUAAAUUGCCUACAUAAUGGAAGUCAAAGGAGUUCCUGAUCAGUCUCUAAUAGAAGUAUUCACUUAUCCUAAUCUUUUUUUUAGAAAGCUACUAGGAAGAAACAUUUCUUUACAUCCUCUAUUCCAUACCAACCUUUGAUCUAUAAAAAUAAGAGAGGCAAAAUCAGGGUCCCUAAAUCUAAAGAUUUAUAAUAGGUCUUAAAAUGCCAAGACAAAUUAUUUAUUGAUUUUCUAGAUAAUUGUUUCAACUGGGAUCCUCAAAAAAGAAUGAAACCUAUUGAUGCUUUAAUGCAUUAAUGGAUUUUAGAGGGAUUACCAAAAGAAAUUAGAUCUUAACAUAUUAAAUAUUUAGAAUCAGAAUAAAUCACUUAAAAAGUAUUCUUUAAAAAUACAGAAACCAAACGAUAACAUCAUAUAUCUGAACCAGAAAUGGAAAAAAAAAAAUCAAGUAGUAGUUAUAGUUAAAAAAAAUCAAAAGAUAAGGAUAUCAAUCUCACUCUCUAUGGAAAUAUCAAUAAUGAAACUACUCCAUAAAAUAAACGUAUUCUAUCGUAAUCAUUUCACACUUCUAAAAAUGGAAGUAAUUAAAAGUAUUAACAAUAUUUUCCAGGCACUACCAAAAAUUAACCAUUAAAAUACAAAUUUUAUUGA